AUGGACAAGACUCUGUACAGCAUCUUUCACGGCAAAAACGACCCCAACCAGCCAGCCGUCAUCGUGCCAUCGUCCGCACCGAUUGCCUGCACGCUAUCGUACCCCCAACUCUUGGAUACCAUCCGCGACUUUAGCUCGCAGCUGAAUGCGCUGGUUCCAGGUCUCCAGCCCGGCGAUGCGGUCGCCAUCUCAUACUUGAACUCGCUCGAAUUCGUCGUUGCCUUCCUCGGCACGGGCUUCAUGCGUCUUAUUUCCGCUCCUCUGAACCCCGCAUACACUGAAGACGAAUUUAACUUUUAUCUCGAGGAUUCCAAGGCCAAGGUCAUGGUUGUGCCUCGUGGUGCUGCCAACGACAAGACCAAGAAUGCUGCUAUCCGGGCAGCUCAAAAGCAGGGAACCGUGGUGGUCGAGGCCCACUGGGACGGCAAAGCAAUUGAUGUGGUGGCUUUAGCAUCGAACAAAUCAGCAAGAUCAACCAGUCGAGUUGCGCCAUCGUUUGGACCCCGGCCAGACGACGUUACUUUGCUGUUACACACGAGCGGAACGACAGGAAGACCCAAAGGUGUGCCGUUGUCCCACAUCAACCUCGCCACGUCGAUGCGCAAUAUCAUCGGGACAUACGAUCUCUCGCCAAAGGACCGCACCUAUCUCGUCAUGCCAUUGUUCCACGUCCACGGCCUGGUCUGUGGAUUGCUCGCAACGCUUUUGUCCGGUGGCUCGGUGGUGAUUCCCCAAAAAUUCAGUGCCUCACAUUUCUGGAAGGACUUUGUAGAUACUGGAUGCAACUGGUACACCGCAGUUCCGACGAUCCAUCAGAUUCUGCUCCGCAACCCGCCAUCGCAGGUCCCUCCCAUCCGAUUUAUCCGCUCCUGCUCAUCCAGCCUGGCCCCUGCCACCUUCAAGGCCAUCGAGGAGCAUUUCAAGGCACCUGUCUUGGAGGCUUAUGCCAUGACUGAGGCUGCACAUCAGAUGACCUCGAACCCGUUGCCUAGCCGAGGCGUCCACAAGCCCGGCUCUGUUGGUCUUGGCCAAGGCGUCGAAAUUGUCAUUUUGGAUGACAAGGGCAACCCCGUCGAGGAAGGUGAAGUGUGUAUCCGUGGUACCAACGUGACGCGUGGCUACUUGAACAAUCCCAAGGCAACUGCCGAGUCAUUCACCAAGGACGGCUAUUUCCGCACCGGUGAUCAGGGCAAGAAGGACAAGGACGGUUAUCUUGUGUUGACGGGCAGAAUUAAGGAGUUAAUCAACCGUGGUGGCGAGAAAAUUUCUCCACUUGAACUGGAUGGCGUCCUGCUGAGCAGUCCCGGCGUCGCAGAGGCUGUCAGCUUUGCUGUGCCUGAUCCUAUGUAUGGCCAAGAAGUGCAUGCCGCUGUCGUGCUUAAGGACAAGGCUAGCAAGAGUGAGGCUGCUGUCGAGCGCGAAUUACAGGCUUACUGCCAGACUAAAUUGGCCAAGUUCAAGGUGCCCAAGCGGAUCUAUGUCACGGACAUCAUGCCCAAGACAGCCACGGGUAAAAUCCAACGCCGUGUUGUCAGUCAGACGUUCUUUAAGGAACCAGCACCUGCCCAGGCGAAAUUGUAA